AUGACAACAUACUUCAGACACGCUGGCCAUGAUCAUUCGGAAACUUCUUCCACCGCUGUUGAUUUAAUGAUGUCGAUGAGCACGACCACCGGGUCGGCGACUAGUACAGAGACUGGAAUGAGUGACAUGACUGGUAUGAGUGAUAUGAGCGACUCAAGUAGCCACAUGGGAAUGAACAUGUACUUUACUACCAGCUAUUUGAGAUACCCUGUCAUUUUCAGGGACUUGAAGGCUUCAAACAAAGGUGCAGCAUUUGGUAUCUUUUGUGUCUUGUUCUUCGCUGCAUUUUUCUUGAAGGGCUUAUUCUUCCUGAGUGCUUACUUGGAACAGAAAGUAUUCCACAAUGUUCAAAACUCUGUGAUUAUUCAAGAAGUUGACAAUUGCGCCUGUGACGACGAUUCCGACCCCGAGAAAGUGUUGACUGAAAAAACAAAGAAUCCCCACGUUUUACGACAAAUCUUCUUUCCUCCUGUCGGUGAACUGGGUAAAGAUUUCAUUCGUUUAAUAAUUGCGUUCGUCUCUGCUAUGUUUGGAUAUGCACUGAUGUUGGCAGUGAUGACUUUCUCUUUGGUUUAUUUCUUUGCUGUUGUUCUUGGAAUAGCCUUUGGAGAGGUCUUUUUCAACAGAGUGGGUAUUGUUCUCGGUACCAAUAAGAACAGUGCACUUUGUGGUGAUCUACAUUGA